AUGGGGCCGCGGCGGGGCCCGGCGGCCGCGGCGGGGCCGGCCCGGCGCGGGGAGCGGUCCGGGCUCGGGGGGGCCCUGCUGCGGGCCGCCCUGCUCGGAGGGGUCCUGCUGGCGCCCACCCGCGCACACCCGGACCCGGACGGGGACGGGGCCGAGCCCUGCCGAGCCUGCCGCCGCCUCGCCGACAGCUUCAGCAGGGGCCUGGAGCGGACAGAGCACGAGGGCUUUGGCGGGGGCAACACAGCUUGGGAGGAGGAGAAGCUGGCCAAGUACCAGCAUAGCGAGACCCGUCUGCUGGAGGUGCUGGAGAGUGUCUGUGCCCCCUCAGACUUUGCCUGCAACCAGCUGCUGGAGCAGAGUGAGGAGCAAGUGGAGCAGUGGUGGUUCCACGAGCAGAAGCAGCAUCCAGACUUCUUCCAGUGGCUCUGCAUGGACAAGCUGGCACUCUGCUGCCCACCCGGCACCUACGGCCCCGACUGCCAGCCCUGCGCUGGUGGGCCCCAGCAGCCCUGCAGCGGCAACGGGAGAUGUGACGGCGAUGGCACCCGCCGCGGCACCGGCCUGUGCGUCUGCAACCGGGGCUACGGCGGCCCCUUCUGCGCUGAGUGCGGCGACGGCUACUACGAGGCCUCCCGGAACAAGAGCCACUUUGUCUGUGCCGAGUGCUACCGAGCGUGCGGGCGCUGCACAGGGCCGGAGGACUCCAGCUGCCUGCGCUGCAAGAGGGGCUGGAUGCUGCACGAGCACCGCUGCAUUGACAUCGAUGAGUGUGGCACGGAGAUGGCGCACUGCCGAGCCAACCAGUUCUGCGUCAACACAGAGGGCUCCUACGAGUGCCGAGACUGCUCCACGGCAUGCAUCGGCUGCAUGGGUGCCGGGCCGGCUCGCUGCAAGAAAUGCAACAAGGGCUACUGGCGGGAUGGGGCCAAGUGCCUGGAUGUGGACGAGUGUGCCAGUGCCGAGGAGCCAGUGUGCACGGGGGCACAGGAGGUGUGUGAGAACACAGAGGGCAGCUACCGCUGCGUCUGCGCCCGCGGCUACGUCCGCCGGGACGGGCAGUGUGUGGAGGACAAGCCCCCUGACGCCCCGGAGAAGGGCUUCUUUGAUGACGUGACGGAGGACGAGGUGGUGGUGCUGCAGCAGAUGUUCUUCGGCGUGAUGAUCUGUGCCCUCGCCACGCUGGCUGCCAAGGGUGACAUGGUCUUCACGGCCAUCUUCAUCGGGGCUGUGGCUGCCAUGGCCGGCUACUGGCUGUCCGACCGCAGCGACCGUGUCCUCGACGGCUUCAUGAAGGGCAGAUAGCUCUGGGGCUGCCAGGCGCGGGGGGAGGCUCGGCCCGGGGUGUGGGGUGCCCUCUUGGGCAGGGGCUGACUGCUGAGGCCACAUCCUGCACGCGGUGCUGUGCCCUGCAUGCGUCCCCCAGCCUCCUCUUAGCCCUGUAGAAUGAACUGGGAGUGUCUGAUACCACACAGUCCCCUCCAGCCAGAGUGGUGAUGUCAGGCAGUGUGGCACCGUGGUAAGGGGCACAGCAUGCUGCCCCCAGCCCCUCUGUGCUUUGGGGGAGAGGCCUAGCACUGGGGUGGGGGCAGCUCUGGCACUGCCAGGAUGCUGGGGUGGUGAUGUCACUUAGGCUGGGGGCUACUGGCCCCACAGGACCUUGUGUUCCCUCGCUCAGAUGAGACCAUUCCCUGUGGGGCAGUGUGGGGUUGGAUCCCCCUGCUCUGCCCUGAGCCAUGGGGCUGGGAGAGCUGCCCCCUGCCCCCUCCUCCCACUGUGUCCCUGGGUAGAGCCCAUCUCUCCCAGGCUGGGAGGGCCAGGGCUCCCGCAGGGCAGAGGCGGGGGGCCCUUGCUGCUGGCAGGGUGCUGUGCUGCUGGGGGGGGGGGCCCACUGGAUGCAUGAGCGUGGCCAUUGCAUUUGUCUGUGGUUUGUCCAUCCAGGUGUGCCCAUCUGUCUGUCUGUCCAUAUCUCAGGAAAUAAAGCUCUGCACACCCA